AUGAUUUGCAGAAUUGUUCCUUUGUUUUUAUUUUCCAUUAAAGUGUAAACAUUUAUCGGUGGACAGAAGCUUCAGUCUGAAUCAAAUAUGGAAUAUGGCCUAUUGGCCUUGAGGGGAGCCCCACCUCGGUGGAGCCUAAUUUAAACCCAUAUCCUCCAGACCACAACAGGUGCCCCCCUCCUCCACUCCCUUUACGUUCCACCUGUCUUCUCUUCUCCGUGGCGGGCUGGCGAUCCAGAAAGCAGCCGUCAGUCAUUACAAAUGGCGUGCCGGCCCCCUAAGUCACCGGAUCGGCGGCAGCUGCUCGACCCCCAGAGCUAUUUUCACCCCAGGAUAAAGUGGUGUUCAGCGAGCCGCCCGCACGGCCGAGCAGCUCCAGUCACGCUGCAGCAGAGCCAGGAUGAAGUCCACCGGCAGCGAGUGCACCGUGCAGCCAGACUGCUUCACCUCAGACCUGGAGGACCUGGACAGCGCCAGCAACAGCUCCGACGGCGGCUGCACGCCGCGCAGGGAGCCGGGGCAGGUGGUCCAGGAGGAGGGAGCCCCGAAACGAAGAAGGAGACGGAGGAGGAGCAGCGGAGGAGACGCGCGUCUGCCCGGCGUGAGCAAACAGAGGCAGGCGGCCAACGCGCGGGAGCGGGACAGGACGCACAGCGUGAACACGGCCUUCACGGCGCUCCGCACGCUCAUCCCCACCGAGCCCGCCGACAGGAAACUCUCCAAGAUCGAGACACUGCGCCUGGCCUCCAGCUACAUCUCCCACCUGGCCAACGUGCUGCUGCUGGGAGAGGACUGCCUGGACGGACAGCCCUGCCUGCGCUACCAGAGCAUCCUGCACGGCCCCGCCGCCCUCAACGCACCCUCCCUGCGGCCCAUCUGCACCUUCUGCCUCAGCAACCAGAGGAAGCUGCUCAGAGAUGGAUCGAAACACUCAGCUGCUGUGUGAAACUUCUUGGCACCAGACAGGCGAGGAGUCCACCACCCCGUGGUGUUGUUUACAUGUAGGACUUUGUACAUAUAUGAAUAUAAAUAUCUUUAUUUUUGGACGAGACGAGAAAACUAAGGACAGAUUUAAACACUGAAAAGCACUUUCUGUUCAUGCUCAUGUGCUUCUGGAGCCUCUGUGUUUUGGUUGAACUGUAACCUGAGCCGAUGUGUAAAGUAGCACCUGACGUGGGGCUAUUUUGGUCCCACCAAUAGUACAAACUACCCCUUGGACACCCCACCACCCUAUGUCUGACCUCUUAAAAAAAAAAACAACUAAACUAGUGGCUGCUGUCAGUUCAGUGUUACCUUGCGCUUUAAAGGGGCAUUAACUGAUGUGUUGCCUAUAGUAGUGAACAGUGGGAACUGCAAAAAUGCUCAUAUACAUGCGGAAAAAAAAAACCCUGCAUGUCAAUAUCUCAGGACUUUAAUCCCCCAGAAGUACAACAGUCAGUGAAGAUGUUGAAAUUUACACACUGGAUUACACUGCUGUUUCCUUACUCCACUCUUCUUAUGUCUACCUGGUUAAUUUUUGAGCAUAUUUUUCGUAAAGUGAAAAUGUCGCAAGAAAACCUUAUAAUGAGUUGAUCCCAGCAUGCAAAGCACUCUGGAAAAUCCUUUUGUUCCUUCCCAAAUUCCCAAAUGCCACCAUUUUAACAGAUCACAUGGAGAAAGCCAUGUCUCCUAAAGGAAAAGUGGUCUGUUAUUCAUUUGAUAUUUUACAAUAAUAGACCAGAUUAUCUGAAUAGUAAUGAUCUGAGUAUGAGGAUGUGUAUCCCACCUCUGGUAGCUGGUAUAGAUUCCAGCCGCCCCACAACACUGAAUUGGAUGAGCGUACAAGAAUGUGUUUGUUUCGUCAACAAGCUGCCAUCAGCACCGGUGACUGGUGUUUGACAUCAGUAAUACCAGCUUUGGCCUAGAAGCUCUGUGAUGCCAAGCUUUUUUUUUUCUUUUUUUUUUU